UCAUUCCAACAAGAACAGCAGAUUGAUAUCUCUGUUCUUCACCCUCGUCAGCAACUUCUCAGAGAAAGUCAAGCAAUGUGGCAGGAUACAUUGUUGAGUUCUGCCUUGGAAAUACUAGAUGAGACUCAGGCCUACUUGAAGCAGUUAGAGACACAUCUGCAGAGUGAAAAGGAAUCUGAGGUCUCUCAACCUGUGAGAAAUCAGGAGGAACAAAACCCUACUCUGAAAACGAAUGAACAAUCACCUAAAGAAAGUGAAAAUGCUGCUGAAAUCAUGUUUGAGAACCUGGAACAAGGAAAACAAUCAACGCCACAAGCAUCAGAAAUGUAUCCCAAUAUUGUGUGGUCUCCGGAAGACAAUCCACCAGCAGAUUUCAGUGGUUUCCAAGUACCCCUUUCUCCAGUGACCACUGCUGAAGUGAAACCUGGUGGAGAGCCUAUGAUGGAGUCCCUAGUCCCUCCAUGCCAGACAUCACCAGUUUGCCAUGAUACUGCAAUACCAGUAGGAGAGGAUGCGACUCCUGACUUCAGUGGAUUCCAGCAAACCCCUCCCAGGGUUACAACCCUGCGGAGCCGAGGGCCAGUACGACACAUUAGUCUUAGCCCAGUAUGGAAAUCAUUGGAAGAAGCAAACGAUAUGAUCAAGGAAUUUCGCCACAGGAGCCAAGCCUUUAGGACAUUGAAUCGACCUAAUCUGGCAGAGCUAUCACGUUCAAGUGUGGAAAAGGAAAAUGACUUGAAUCCUCAUGGAAAGGAAAUGUAGGAGAAACUGGCAAAUGAAGUCCUGUUAUUUGGAAUGUCCAUAUUGUAGUUCUGCGUCCUCUGCCAAGGCUAAUUUCGUGCUUCCCUUGAUCAGCACUAGGGGGGGAGGUAUGAAGAGGGCCGCAGAACAUUAGCUAUAGUACCCAGUA